AUGGUAUAUUCCUGUCACCUGACCCCAGCCACAUUUUAUCAUGACAUGAUGGUCACAUCACUUGGAGGGUUUAACAGUACUAAUAGCAAUAUGAAAUUGAAUAUAACAUUUCUAAAAAUUGAGAAAAGGUCCUUUGGCAACCGUAUGUUGGGUGUGAUGAACUGGACGAUGCCCUUCUUUGUGGCGUGUUCCACCUUCGGUAGUCUAAAUGGAGGGAUCUUCGCCUCAUCUCGCCUCUUUUUUGUUGGUGCUCGUGAGGGCCAUCUACCUCAGGUUCUCUCCCUUAUCAACAUCAAUAAUUUCACGCCUGUACCUUCACUCGUCUUCCUGGGCUUCAUGACUGUAUUCAUGUUAAUCACAUCAGAUAUGCAUAUAUUGAUCAAUUACAUCUCAUUUAGCGAGUCCCUGUUUAUAUUAAUGUCCAUAGCAGCUCUCCUUUGGCUGCGGUAUAAGGAGCCCAAUCGUCACCGACCCAUUAAGGUACGCAUUAGUAUUCCUUAGUCUUUUACA